GGCGAUGAUACCGCGUCGAAACGAUCACUUCCUGUCGGUAUGGAGAACCCGGGGAAGCUGGUUGCAUGCGAUGGAUACUUAAGCAAGCGCGGGUGCGCAUGCUACUGUCUUUACCCUGCAUAGCAGCUUACGCCCACUUCUGCGACAUUUUCGGUGGUUUUCGACAUCAUUCAAUAUGCCGCCCAUCCAGGAUGAGAUACAGGUCGCACCCACCGAUAAUGCGCGGAAUCCUGUUGUUGUGGUUAAUGGUAAAGAGGUCGUCGUGAGCUCCGCCACCGAGAAGCCCAAACGGUCUCUCUGGACAGCCUGGAUGUAUAUGUUCGAUUGGUACCCCAGUCACUACUCGCCAGAGGAGAAGAAGCUGGUGCGCAAACUCGACUGCAUCCUGCUCACCCUCUGCUGCCUUUGCUUUUACAUCAAGUGGCUCGACCAGAACGCUCUGACCACAGCCUACUGGUCUGGCAUGCGAGAAGAACUGAAGAUCAAGGGCAACGAAUACUCCCUUUUUGGUACCUUCUACAAUAUUGGUUUCCGGUACCUCAUCUUUGAGAUCCCCAGCAUGAUGAUCAUCUCCCGCCCUAAGCUCGCGCGCUACUACGUCCCCACCAUGGAGGUUCUCUGGUCCAUUUUGACUUUCACACAAUCUCGACUUAGUAGUGUCUCACAGAUCUAUGGUCUCCGCUUUCUGCUCGGCGUUCUGGAAACUCCAGCCUCUACCGGUUCCAUCUAUAUCCUGACGUCCUGGUAUCGUGCCGACGAAAUUUUCAAGCGAGCUGGUGUCUGGUACGUCUCCAGCAAUGCUGGUGCCAUGUUUAGUGGCUAUCUACAAGCGGCAGCUCAUAAGGGCUUGAAUGGCGUCCACGGCAUGUCUGGCUGGAGGUGGUUGUUCAUCAUAGAUGGAUCAAUCAGCCUGCCUAUUGGGAUCGCUGGCUACUUUCUCUACCCUGGUCUACCCACUAGCCCCAGAGUCUGGUGGCUGACAGAAGACGAGCGCAAGCUUGCCGUUGCUCGCAUGCAGAGCCAGGGAACCAAGCAGAGUGGUAAGAUUGGGAAGCGCAUGCUCAAGCGCGUGUUCACGCAUUGGCAUUUUUACAUCGCGGUUUUGAUCUACGUCUUCUUCCAAUGCACUUCAUAUAUUUCGGGGCAAAUGCAGGCCUGGCUCAAGAGGGAGGCGGAUUUACACGGCACCUACAGUAUUGAGGAAAUCAACCUCAUCCCAACAGGUGUUCAGGGCCUGGCCAUCGUUUUUGGUAUCUUGAUUACCAGCCUGGUCAUGAUCUAUCCGAUGUGGAUCGUGUUCUCCUGCGUUACUGCGGUACUGUUGUUCGCAAACGUGUGCUUGCGGGUGUGGUACAUACCGCUUAGUUUACACUUUCUCUGUUACUACCUCCUCGGCCUGACAUCUUGUGUUACACCUAUUCUCUUUCCCUGGGUGAACAUUAUGAUGAAAGACGACAACGAAGCACGCUCAUUCACUACCGGCGCUAUGAUGACCAUUGGCUGGGCCUUCUUCAGCUUUUACCCCAUCACGGUUUUUCCCAUUCUUGAAGCCCCCCGGUGGACAAAAGGCUAUACAGUAAAUAUCGUUUUCAUUCUCUGCUACUGGAUUUUGUUCAUGGUUGGGCAGUACCUGUGGCGAAGGGAAGAGAAGAUGAAGAAGUUUGAUAUCAAUGCAAGUAUGGACGAGGAUGAGCUGCAGAAGGCGGAUGCUGUGCAUGUGGAGGUCAUGAAUGAGAAAGAGGCGCGGGAGGCGAAGCAGGCGAGGGUUUGAGUGUUGCACCUGGUAGCUUAAUUAAUUUCCGAGGUACUAGGGCAAAGACUAGGCUUGAGUGAGAGCAAUAGACUGCAGGUUACUUUGUUAGUUGGAAAACUCCACUUGUAGUGCAUUGAAACUAGAAACGCU